AUGGGGCGCCCUCCCCUCCCACCCUUCCUCCACCACGCCCUCACCUCCCUCCUAACAGCCCAACCCCGCCCCGGCCUAAAACCCAUCCCAGGCACAAACCCCCUAACCCCCGAAGCAAUCCUCUGCCCGGUCCUCCUCUACUAUAUCGCACUACUCCUCCUUCCCCCUCCCCCGCCCUCCUCAAUCGCAAGUCCACAAGUCGUUCUUCUACGGAAUAUCCUCGCCGCAUCAGCAGCCUUCCUCUUCCUUCGCCUGCCUCUAGCCUACCACGUCCCGCAGAGUAUUGGACUCACGUAUCAACUCGGACUGGUGGGUUUGUACGGCGGCUUGAGGGUCCUGGAUGCGUUUUUCGUCAGUCUGUAUCUUUGGGGUCAUGUUCCCCGAAGAGUGCGGUAUCAGCAUCGGGUGAGGCCUGAGACGCCGACGAAGGGUGGGAGGGGGGAUGGGGAUGUUGCGAGGACGAAGCCGUGGAGUGAUGGCGGGGAUAAUGGGAUGUUGAGGAAGCCGAGUUUGCCGCCUUCUUCUCAAUCCCAGAUUGGAAAGGAGGAUCGCCGCUCUAGUCUGCAGCGAGGUCCCUCCCAAUCCGACCUCCUCGACAAUAUGACCUCGCAAACUUACACGGAUCUCCUCUCCCGCGACGACUCUUACACCACCAUGCUGACCAAGCUCCUCGAUGGGCCGCAUCCCAUCCCCGUGACCGAAACCGCACACACGGAGGACGACUACCCGCACACAUUCCUUGAUCGGAUGUCCUGGGCCUUGGAGCUGGAGUUAUCGAUGCGAGGGGUGGGGUUCACCUGGACGACGGCGGACGUACGCCACACGAAGAAGACGUGGUUGCCGAGUGUAAGGAACCGAGUGCAUUCGAUUUUCGUGCAUGUCGGGCCAGUCAUCUUCUGGGCUUGGGCGGUUAUCAAGGCUGUAUAUGUGCGUAGACUGCAGGGGUUGGAGGAGAGAGGUGUAGAGAGUACCUUCGAUGAGUUAGCGCUCGGAGAGCAGCUCGCUCUGACUGCGGCGUUGGGAGCGUUCCUCAUGGCAGCGUUCUCGCUGGGGCAUUCGAUUUUCGCCAUUAUCUGCUCGCCACUAGCACCUUCUCCGUUGGCGUUCUUCCCGCCAUUGUAUACGACGAGAGUGUGGGAUAUAACGUCGGCGAGGGGAUUCUGGUCGUACGGAUGGCAUCGAUUAUUUGCGAGGCUGUUUCUUGUUUGGGGCGUUUGGCCGGGAGAGUGGGUCGAGAGGAAGUUGUUGGGGAAGAGGGCGGAUGAGAGGGCUGAUGUUGGGAAGGUGCUUGGUGGGUUCUUGAGUUCGGCGUUGGUGCAUUCGUUUGCUGUGAGGGGGACGUUGGGUGGGAAUUGGGCUGAUGCGGCUGGUGAGGCGAAAUUCUUCGCGUGGAAUGGUAUUGCGGUUGUGUUGGAAGAGGUCGUGAAAAGGAUGGCGAGGAGAUGGCGGAGGCAGCGUGGUGCAAAGGAGCAGAUGUGGUAUGAUGCGUACAUCGGACGCAUCUGGUGGACAGGGCUGUUACUCACGACAGGACGGAAUUUUGCCAGGGGUUGGACGAAAGCUGGGCUGGUGAGGGAGAUGGCGUUCAUGUAA